AGGUGGUGGUGCCACCAUGGAAACCCACAGGAGUAGGCUUCGUCAGGGCCAUCUCGCACCAGUACGCGUAUAUGGCACUUGGUCGUUUUUAGAUUCACCGGUCACAAAGCAGUUCUGCCACAGGAGAGUGCGACAGCGUUUGGUGAGCAGACAUUGGUGGGGUGCAUGAGUCUACUCCGCUAGACAAUUCCAUUCAUAGUCUCACAUGUGCAA